CUUAAUAUUAUAGCUUGUAACAUUAUAACGUGCUUUUUUGCUCAUUUUGAAGAUCAUAGAACAAAACUUCAAGAGAUCGUUAAAUCGAAAUAUACGUAAGCUUGCUGCAAAGCGCCUUAGAUUAGACAAAGUCAAUGCUAUUGUGAAACAGCAGCAUUUUAAUUCCGCUAGUGACAGUACUGAUGAUAUGGAAGAAAAUAUUGCAUUUUGUAAUGAGUCAUCUGAAGAUGAUGGCUAUAACUGCGUUUAUUUUCACGAAGAAAGUCAGAAUGAACAGAAUGCUGUUGAACACAUUGACUAUGGACCGGAUCCAUCAAUAAAUGAAAUUGAUAGCGUGAAUCUUACUGCUUCUGAAAUUGCAAGUGAUGAUAACAGUGACAGUAUUAUCUCAUCACAAACAGAAGCCCAGGCAGAUGUUGGUUCUAUUACUUCUGAAAGUAACGAAGAAAAUAAUACAUCAGACGAAGAACAAAUGUAUUUUGCUGAUGAAAAUGAGAAGGCUCAGUAUGUUAGAGCUGCUAUAGAAGCAUGGGCUCGUGAGCCAGGAAGACUUUCAAAGAGGAAGCUAGAUGAUCUACUUUCUAAACUUCAUCCUGCAUUUCCAAACUUACCUCUUAGUUAUAAAACCCUUUUACAAACUCCUGAGAUUAAUUUAAUACCAGUUAAUGGUGGAAAAUUAUGGUAUAAAGGAAUUACAUUCAAUUUAGAUUCUAUGGAUUUGCAGGAAUAUUUAGCACGUUUUCAUGAAAUUAUCAUUGAUAUCAAUAUGGAUGGGCUCCCUCUCCACAAAAGCUCUCCGAUCAGAUUUUGGCCUAUAUUAGGCAGGCUCGUAAGAACAAAAAAUGAGCCUUUUAUUAUUGCACUUUUUAAAGGAAGAAUUGAUCCUAGUGUAAAGGAUUUUCUUAAGCCUUUUGUGAAAGAGGUUGCUCACUUGCUUCAAAAUGGUUACACAAACAAUGAUAUUGCUUAUAAAUUUUCGAUUAGGCAUUAUAUUUUAGAUGCUCCAGCUCGUGCAAAAGUAAAGUGUUGUAUUGAACAUGGAGGAUAUUGCGCUUGUGAGAAGUGUCAGGUUGUAGGAGAAUGGAUUGAUCAUCGCAUGACAUAUAUAAAACUUGAUGAGACUCUGAGAACUGAUGAGUCAUUUCGUGACCAAGAACAACCAUAUCAUCAUCUGGACCGCUCUCCAUUGCUUGACAUAGAAGCUCUUCUAGUGUCUCAGUUCCGUUUAGAUGCACUGCAUCUUAUCGAUUUAGGUGUGUUCAAGAGAUUCCUCUUAGCUCUUUUAAAAUGGAAUGGACCUUGGAAGCUGCAUCGUGACAUUGUUACAGCUAUUUCCCAUAAGCUAGAAAUGCUGAAGGACUCAUGUCCAUCGGACUUCAAUAGACCUCCAAGAUCUUUUCAAGAUUUUACCUAUAUGAAGGGUACAGAGUACAGACGACUCUUGCUGUAUGAUGGUGUUUUAGUUUUUCGUGAUUAUUUAGAUGAAAAUGUAUAUAAACUUUUUUUACUUCUGCACUCAGCCAUUUAUAUCUUAAGAAGUCCUGUGUUUGUGAGAAAUCUUUGUGGCUAUGCAGACCAAUUAUUAAGGACCUUUAUUAAUCAUUCUGCAGAUGUAUUUGGAAAAAGAUUUGUUGUGUAUAACGUUCAUAGCAUGUGUCACCUGUCUAAAGAAUGUGAAGAACAUGGCGCACUUGAUACUUUUAGCGCUUAUCCUUUUGAGAACAAGUUGUUUUCAAUUAAAGCAUCUCUGCAAUCUGGAUAUAAACCGCUCAAACAAGCUGCAUAUCGUGAUUUAGAGAAAUCACGACAUGUUGACAUUGUCUUUGAAGAUCAUGAGAAUAAAGUGCAUUUGGAAGCUCAGAGAAGAUUUGUAUUUAAUGAGAUAAUAGAUGGUCUGCAAUUCAGAAGAAUUAAAGUAAACGAUACAAUUUUUAAGUGCAACAAGAAAGAUUCCUGUUUUAAAACUGUUAAGGGUGAUAUUGCUGUCCUCUACAAUAUUGUACAGAGACAUGGUAAAGUUUUUUUUGUUGGAUACUAUUUUACACAGAUGGAAGACGUCUAUCAGUAUCCUCUGUCUUCGUCAGAACUAGGUAUUGUAAAAUUAACAGAUAUCAGUGAAGAAAGGCGUGUUUUUCCUCUUACUGAAGUUGUUGCUAAAUGCUGGCUUAUUCCCGAUGGAGAAUUUUUUUUAUGUUUUCCAUUGCUUCACACUAUGCCUCUUCUAUAGUUGAUAAGCGAUUUUGUGGUGUUGAAAUUUUUAACACAUGAAGGAAAGAGGCUAACUUCUGAUGAUGAUGUAUUUUAUGCUGUUGGUCUUACUCGAUGGUUC